AUGCGUCACGAACAUUGGAAUCGUUUCUGUCAAAACACAAGUAAUCGGUUAGCAAUUGAAGCACUCCAACUAUUUAAAGCCCAUCUCAAUGAUAAUCGUCACGAUGACCAGCCCGGAUGUGGACGAGAAUUUUUGGAUAAUAUUUUUAUGGGCAUUCGAAAAAAAUUUGAAAUUUCGUUAUCCCAAAAAUAUUUCGUUUCAAAGGAGGAUUGCACGAAAUUUCACUGCUCUAAAGCUUUGGAUUUGCAUAGAAUGGGCUCUCGUCUUUGGGGUUGUCAAGACAAAGAAAGUGACGACAUCUCAUUCUAUUGCUAA